AUGGCUUCCGAGCAGCAGCGACCUCGAACCUCCACCGAUUCCAAUCCCGCCAGUAAUGUCGCAGCAACUUCAAAUGGCGAGGCGCGAAAUUCUACGGAUGAAGCCGCUGCCGGCGGGGCGUCAUCCCAGACGAGCGCAUUCCAGGCUGCAAUCAGCGCCUGGAGAAGUAUUGAUCUGACGCACCUACAAAAGUCACUCGACGCGACCGCCGGCGACAUCGUAAACGGCCAACGGGAGAGCUUAGUGGAACGCAAGGAGCUCGCGCAGAAGACGAAGGAGUACCGGAAGCUUGACGACGAGCAGAAGAAGGAGGAAUGGAAGGGACUACUGAAGUCGUACCAGAUCUUCAUCGACCAUCUAACGACGUCGAAGAAAGCUACCGAGACCUCAUUCCUGGCGUUAUAUUCUACCCUCGCGGAGGCGCCAGAUCCAUACCCGCUUCUAGAAGCGACGAUCGACUCGCUCGUGAACUUCUCGGAUGUGCAGGCCAUGACGAAAGAUAAUGCCUCCCUCAAAGCCACCGUAAACCGCCUUUCGAACCAGAUCACCAAUCUGGAAGCAUCUCUCGCUGCCAAGAACAAGGAGCUAGAACGGAAGGAGAAGGAGAAGGGGGAAGAGUCGCAAAGGGUGGAGAAGGUGUGGAAGGGCGUGUUGGACGAGAAGACACGAAACUGGGAGGGCAAGGAGAAGGCUUUGACCGAAAAGCUCGAGCACCAGGAAACUGUGCUUAAGGAGAUCAAAGCCAGCUUCGAGGUUGCGCAAAGGAUGGGACCAACCAAUCUAGGCACUGAGGACGGCUUGCUGGGCAAGGAGCGGUCCGCCGAAUUGGAGAUUGUGAAUCGGGACCUCGAACGCACGACACUGCGCCUGGCCGAGGCAGAGGGAAGGAACGAGCAGCUGCGACUGGAACUUGCAAAAGCAUCCAGCCAGGGCAACUCUGGGCCGGCCCAGGCAGUCGCCGAGGACGAUUCUACCAUCCUGCGUCUGCAACACGAAAGCGCCAACCUCCUCCGCAAAGUCAACAACGCCAAAUCCGACCUCGAGGCACAGAAGAAGGAGGCGGAGCGCAAAGUUCGCACGCUGGAACGCACUAUCGACGGCUUAGAAAAGGACAAGGACAUACUUCGGGAAAAGGUGUCCAAGUGGUCCGACUAUGAAGACGUCAAGCGCGAGCUCGAGAUCCUGAAAUCGAUCGAGUUCUCCACCGGUGACGAAGACGAUGAUGUUCUCGAUUUCUCGGCCCCCGCCGAAACCUCCCCCCACGACAACAAGAAGGAAACACUAGAACAGCUCCUCUUAGCGCGAAACAAGAAGCUAGGUAACGAGCUCACCGUCCUCCGCGUCUCCCACCAAGACCUCACUAGCCGCCUCCAAACCCUUCAACAAACCCUCGACGCCAUCACAGCGGACUUCUCCACCUCCCGCGCGCUCAACCAAAAGCUAGAGAAUGACCUGCUCAAGCUGCAGGACAGCCACCACCAACCCUCCUCCGCCCUCUCGGUAGCAGGAACCUACGUCUCCCGCUACCCGCAAUCCUCGAUCGCACGGGGCUCCCGCCCCUCCCCCACCUCCUCCAUAAUCGGCUCCCAAUUCGACUCCCUCCGCACCGCCAACGACAGCACACCCACGCCCAACGCUGGGAUCCUCCCCAUGAUCACCGCGCAGCGCGACCGCUUCAAGACCAAAAACGUCGAACUCGAGCACGCGCUAGCACAAGCGCACACCAACAUCGCCAAUCUGCGCGACGAAGUCGCCAACCUGCGAAAGGACAAUCUACAGCUGUACGAGAAGACGCGGUACGUGUCGUCGUACGCCCGCGCACCGCCCACGAACACGGCGACUGCCACCUCCGGCUUCGCGCCGAACGGCGGCAGCGGAGCAAGCAUCGACCGCUACAGACAGGCAUAUGAAGCUAGAAUCUCGCCGUUCGAGGCGUUCCGUGGCCGCGAGAGCGCCCGCGCUUACCACCGCAUGAGGGUGCCCGAACGUGUCAUUUAUAGCUUUACCAGGGUCAUCCUCGCAAAUAGGGUCAGCAGGAACCUCUUCGCGGCCUACUGCCUGCUGCUACAUGUCCUCAUCGUUAGUAUGCUGUAUUGGGCCGGCAUCGGCGAGACCACCGGCGCGGCUACGGCGGGGUUGGGCGUGGGUGCGGUUGGCAUGGCCGCUGCGGCGCCGGGCGGGAAGGAGUGGACGCAGGAGGGGUUUGAUGGACGGUUGUAG